UAUUACUUGUCACUGUACAUUUUAGUUUUCCUUCAUCAUGACAAAGAAAUAAACAGUUCCUUAGCAGGAAAAGAAAAUAAAUAGCAAGAAUAAAGGUGAGAUCAAAUGGGGUUUUUAAGAACAUCUUCUUCCACAACCUCCUCUGAUCAUCACCUUACUGCAGCUUCAACUUUUCCAUCAAUAAUGCAAGACCCAGGAAGUUUCAGACAACAAAUUGUGUUGCAGAUUCCAGAAUGCACACUCCAUCUGAUGGACGGAGGAGAAUCCAUGGAGCUUGCCAGGGGGGAGUUCUCGGUUGUGAAGAUAUUGGAUGAUAAUCAGGUGUGUAUGACCACCAUUAUUCGUGUUGGUGGUGAUGUUCAAUGGCCCUUGACCAAAGAUGAACCAGUGCUGAAGCUGGAUUCUUCUCACUAUCUCUUUACUUUACCCAUGAAUGAUGGUGAUCCUCUCAGCUAUGGCGUCACUUUCCCGGAGCAGUGUGUAAGUAGCAGCAGCUUGGGGUCUCUGGAUUCUUUCUUGAAAGAAAACUCGUGUUUUUCCGACUCAUCCUCAACCACCAAACGCGGUCUUGACUGGAAGGAUUUUGCUCCUAGUAUUGAUAAUUAUAAUAAUAUUUUGGCUAAGGCGAUUGCAGGAGGCACUGGUCAGAUUGUUAAAGGGAUUUUCAUAUGUAGCAAUGCUUACACCAACCAGGUGCAGAAGGGAGGAGAAAUGAUUGUUGCUCAAGCAGAUCAUCAGGAGAGAAACCGCAGUUUUGCACCGAAUGAAACAAACAAGGGAGGGAUCAACAAAAGCUUAAAACGAUGUGCGAAAGGUUCAAAGACGACAGAAGGUAUGAGCAAAUCAUUGCUCAAGGGGGUGAAUGUGGUGGCUGACGCUGUCAUGAAUCCUUUGUUUAAGUCCAAACCAGGAAGAUCAUUCUUUACCAUGCUUCCAGGAGAAGUCAUUUUGGCUUCCCUUGAUGCUGUUAAUAAGGUUAUUGAUGCGGCUGAAGCUGCUGAAAGACAAACCCUAUAUGCCACCUCUCAAGCUGCAACAAGAGCAGUCAGUCAAAGAUUUGGGGAGAGUGCAGGGGAGGCAACAGAGGAUAUUCUUGCAACUGCAGGCCAUGUUGCUGGAACUGCUUUGAAUAUGUUUAAGAUACGAAAAGCUCUGUGUCCGUCAUCAUCUGUUACCUCCGGAAUUGUAAAACAAGCACGGAAGAACAAAGUGAGAUCAGAUUUAAAAACUUAAGACGUUCAAAAUCAAAGUCUACUAAGAAAGAAACCAAGAUGAAUUGUGUGAAAAUGAAGAUCUAUUAAGAAAAUAACCCAAGAGGACUUGGGUGGGUUCCUCAUUGCACAUUUGGUUUGUGGAAUCAAUUAAAUAAAUAAUUGUUAUUUGUAAUUAUAAUUAUAUUUUCAUCUGUAUUAUUUUCAUAGUUUAUGUAUGUCCUUUGCAUCUUCUUAUAGUAUCUAAUGCACAAAAUUUAUAAGA